CUGGACCAACGCUCUCAUUUCGAGCUAGCGAACUGAGAUAAUGAGUGCACGCCCACCUCGCAGGUUCUACCUGCUGACGUACCCGCGUACGGCGUCCAAUCUGCUCGUUCGGAUUCUGGCGCUAGAAGACCAAGCAGAUAUCUUCAUGGGUGAAAAGAACAGCUAUUUUUUUGGCGGAGCUAUGGCUUCGAGAAUGCAUAUGCUCAAGAUCACUGGCCGGCGCCCCGAGGACUGGACGCAAGAGGAACGGACGAGCUUGACGGAAAACUAUCAAGAAGGAUUCGACGCUCUUCAUAGACAUGUAGAGGCUGCAGAAGCACUAGGCCAGCAUGUUUUCGUGAAGGAGCAUCUACCUUGGUUUAUUGAUCCUAUUUCGGAGGCGAAGCAUCUUUUCGGGGAGAAUAGUACGGAUGAGUUGCCAUGGACGGUGACGACUUCGUUGGCACCGAAACAUUCGCCUCUCAAUGAGAGCAUUCUCCCGGAUGCGUUUCUGAGGACUUGGUUCCCUACUUUCUUGAUUCGACACCCAGCUCUAGCGUUUCCGUCGUGUUACCGCACGAGCGUGGAUAACGAGGGUGCGGAGGCCGCUAGGAGCCAGCACGCUGUGAAUCAAGUCGAGAUGAGCGUGCACUGGUCGCGCGCAUUGUACGACUGGUACACGCACCAGCCCGAGGAAUCUGGCUCCAACGAUGAUGCUACGUGGCCAGUUAUCCUAGAUGCGGACGAUGUCAUCGAGGAUCCGGAUCUGGUUCGUAAAUACAGCAGGAUGGUUGGAUUAGAUCCCUCUAGGUUGAAGUUUGCAUGGGCUUCUGCAAGUGAAGAUGAAUUGAAUAAGAUGGACGAUAUGGCGAGGAGAAUGACAUCGACUCUCGACGCUUCGACAGCUAUUGUGUCGGGCAAGACGUCAAUUGGGCUGGACAUCGAUGAAGAGGCGAAGAAGUGGAAGGUAGAGUUCGGAGAAGAAGAGGGCGAGAGGAUAGAGCGGUUGGUCAGAGCUGCUAUGCCCGACUAUGAAUACAUGAAGGCGAGGAGAUUGAGGCCGCAGGACUGACCAUGGUAGAUUUGACGUUUUCCUGAGAAUAGGAGUUUAUUUGCACGAUUCAAAAAGAUUAUGUACAUUACAUACGAUACGCCCCUUUCAUCGAAACGAUAUACCUAUCAGCUCUUCAAUCAGAAAACGUGGUAUUUUGAGCUGACAUUCUAUUGGAAACCUUGAGGGAGUGCCAGACCUCGCUAACACGUAAAUGAAC